AUGUCUCUGCUGACUCCUGGUCAACUCUUAGCUGCAAACCAUACGGCUGCAGCCCUAAUGGCAGCAGGUCUGCCGGUGAGCAGCUUAUUUGCUCAUCACACAUUAUUCGGAGGGUGGCCUACUGCCCAUAAUACUUCGCCACCACCACAGCCACAGACACCAAUCAAAUCAGGAAAGAAGAAUAUGCUGAAUCUCAAUAAUAAUAAUAACAACAAUGAUAACAAUAACGAGUAUGUGAGGCUAGAUAAGAAGACUUUAAAACGCAAGGCGCAACCAAGAACAGUUUUGGCAGAAACACCUCCUUUAUCUCCACCUACCUCUGGAUCAUCACCUGAUACAGCGCCAACUUUGACAAAGGAUCCGUCUCGUGAUAAAACUUUCACAUGUAAGGUUUGCUCACGAUCUUUCGGCUAUAAACACGUGCUUCAAAAUCAUGAACGAACACAUACAGGCGAGAAACCGUUUUCUUGCACAGAAUGCGGGAAGAGAUUCACCAGAGACCAUCAUUUGAAAACGCAUAUGCGUCUUCAUACGGGUGAGAAGCCAUACCAUUGUUCAUACUGCGAAAGACAAUUCGUUCAAGUAGCUAAUUUACGGAGACACAUCUUAGUGCAUACCAAAGAACGCCCUUAUGGCUGUGAAUUAUGCCAAGCGAAGUUUGCGGAUUCCAACCAACUGAAAGCGCAUGCUUUGACCCAUGCGGCUGAAGUUGCUGAUAGACCGUUAAAAGGCGCAAGAAAAUCUGUUGAUGUCAGAAGAGUUGUUCGACCACCACCAAUCACGAAACCUUUGGCUCCUUUACUAGUAACGGCAUGUUCGGAACCAGAACAAACAGAACCAGAAGAUUUAUCAGUGGGUGCAAGGAACCACUCCCUGAGCAGCGCUCCUGACUCCAGCCUAUCUCCUGUCAGUAUGAGCGACCCCGAAGACCUGGACGACGCCGCCGCUUUGUAUCUCCAGCAGCGCCAAGCUAAGCUCAGGCGACACAUGGAACACCGCUGAGUUGUAAGGUUAAUUAUUUAAGAACAAAGAAUAAAUGUAUAUGAAUGUAUAGAUAUAAUUAUAUGUAUAGAUAUGAAAAA